AUGUUCUCUGUUGUUUUCAGUUGUUUCAUCACUGUCGCUUGUAUUUCUUACACAAUAUGUGGACGAGUGAUUGAUUUUGAGGCAAUUGGAGGCAUCGCUGGUGAUGAUCGUCUAUCUACUUGUCGAAAAAAUACACAUCUUCUCAAUCAAACUGUGAAUUCAUUACAAACAAAUGAUACUAUUGUGUUUCCAUCCAAUCGAACAUUUUGGCUGAUCGGUGGGAUCUAUGCUCGUCGUCUCGCUCACGUAACUUUCCAAAUCGAUGGUGUUCUAAAAUUUUCGGACAACUUUCUCCAGUGGCCUCGCGAUUCUCGUACUCACUUGGUGCUUGAUUGUUUCUAUUUCGAACAAUUGGAUCAUGUUACCUUUACGAGCGCGAAUACAGAAAAUCAGAAAGGAGUUAUCGAUGGGUCAGGUAAUCGUUGGUGGGGCAUAGUGGAAUACUUAGUAAUUCGUGGAGACCGACCGCGUUUGUUAGUUAUUUACAAUUCUACAAAUCUACUCGUAGAAAAUAUUUUAUUGAAAAACUCACCAAAGUGGACAUUCUACGGUAAAGACGUCGCUAAUCUCGAAAUUCGCCAUACCGAUGUCGAUGCUCGUCGACAUCCAGCUGUUCAAUGGCAUGAUCUCGAUGAAUUAACUGCAUUCAAUACCGACGGAUUCGACAUCUCUGGAACUAAUAUUUGGAUCCAUGAUUGUAAUAUUUGGAAUGAUGAUGACUGUAUCGCAGUCAAACAACAAGAUUCACGUAGUAUUCAUUCGACAUGUAGUGAAAAUAUGCUUUUCGAGAGAAUUAACGCUUCCGGUGUAGGUCUAUCUAUUGGUUCUGUUGGCGCUUCUGUCGCACAUUCGUGUGUGCGAAAUAUAACUUUUCGGGAUUGUACGAUGUAUAAUACAUUCAAAGGCAUUUAUUUGAAGUCUCGUCCAGGAGAUGAAGGACAUACGGGAGAAAUAAGUAGUAUUCUCUAUGAAAAUAUUCGAAUAUACAAUGCUUCUCAGUGGGCUAUAUGGUUUGGACCACAGCAGGCUGCUUUCAAAGGAGCUUGUUCACUUCUCUGGCCAUUCGUACCGGAGAUGCCAUGCCCGAUUCCAUCUGGCAUCACUUGGAAUAAUAUUACUCUUCGAAAUAUUACUCUCUAUGAUCCACAAAUAAGUCCUGGUGUAAUUGUUGGUAAUACUUCGAAUCCUAUGAAGAAUAUUUUAUUUGAUAAUGUAGUUGUCAAAAAUCCCGGUUCACAUCCAUGGGGCGAUAAAUACUACGCAUGUUCGAAUGUCGAAGGUAUUGCACAAGGCGAUACUCAGCCGGUCCCACCUUGCUUCAAACAUUACAAGUAA